UAUUAACCUAGCUUGCUCACCGAUUAGUUAGCGAUAGCUUGAUACAAGGCAACAAUUAAAUUGAUCCUAAUUAAGUUGAUUGUAGUCGAGAAGUACGAGCCUUCUUGUCUUGAAGGAAGUUAAUCGGCACGAGGUUUACUGCAUACUCCUGAACAUAUCAAUUAACAGUGGACAAAUACAAAAUAUUACAGUUACAGAGGAAAUUGUAUAAGUUGCAACUGUCUAGCAGGAAAAUGCGACCAUCCACAUUAAGUAAGAGUGGUAAUGUGAGGAGAGUAAGGUCAGUUCUCAAAGAUAAACCAGCAUUUGAAUCAAUUGAAAUCAUAUCAGAUUCUGAUACUGUAAGUGAUCAAAAUGACUGCACAAGCCCAGAAAAUUCACAUAUAGAAGAUGACCUUAAUUUAGAGGAAUUAAUGAAACAAAAAGAGUUACUUGAAGCAAAGCUGGUGUCCUAUUUGACUGAUAAAAAAGAGGAUCAAUCAUCAGGAAGGAAACAUGAAGUGUCUAAAAAAGAGCAUAGUAAAAAACAGCAAGAAACAUCAAAAAAAACCCGAUCUUCAGAAGUAAAAAAGAAACAUAACUUACAAAAAGAAAGUUGUGAAGGCAACAGUAAAAAGAAGCAAAAAGUAUUAGAUUCCCGGGACCAUUGCCACAGUGAAAAAAAAUAUAACGAGAUUAAGGAAAAGGAUGUACAUAUCAUAACAAAAAAAUAUGGACACAAUCUCAAAGACAUUGAAUCUUCUGCAUCGGUUAGAAAAGAAAGAAGUUCAAAAACAAGAUCGAAGACGCAUACUAACCUAUCUCGAAACCAUGAUCGCGCUAGCCCGACAUCGUAUUCGCGGUCGAAUCGCGAUAAACAUAGACACUCUCCACGGCGUUCCCGAGAGCGGCGAGAAAGGCAUUCGAUAGAGAAAAGACGUACAUCCUUUGCGACGGUGGGCACUUCCAGUGAUGAACUAAACAUGUCCAUUGAUUCAGAUGACGAAGCAGAAAGAGAAGAACAAAUUAUAGAAAAGAGAAGAAAACAACGUGAACAACUUUUAAAGCGUUUAGGUGAGAAUAACAAUGUAGAAAAUAAAGCAAAUGAAAAAUCGCUAAUUAAUAACACGCCGGAGCAAAAUGUUCAAUCAGCACAAACUGUACUUAAAAAUAAAGUUGAGGAUAACGUACCUGGGACAUCCAACGAAGUCUCCAGUGUAAAGGAAAAAGAAAAAACACAACACUGGGAUAUGUUUGCAGAUCAUGAUAAUGUCAAUAGUGUGGGCACCCCGACAGCUGGGCAGAAUAUAAAGAAAUCGGUUCCCGAAAACCCAUCUCUCACCGAUAAUUGGGAUGAUGCAGAAGGUUACUAUAGGGUUCGCAUUGGAGAAGUUCUUGAUAAUCGAUAUUCUGUUUAUGGAUAUACUGGACAAGGUGUAUUUUCAAAUGUGGUGCGUGCAAGAGACCAAAGUAGGCAGAAUUCUGACGUUGCUAUCAAAAUUAUACGAAAUAAUGAGAUUAUGCAAAAAACUGGAUUGAAAGAAUUGGAGAUUUUAAAAAAGCUUAAUGAUGCCGACCCUGACGAUAAAUAUCACUGCCUUCGUCUCUUUCGAAAUUUUUAUCAUAAACACCAUUUGUGUAUGGUUUUGGAACCAUUGUCCAUGAAUUUAAGAGAAGUAUUGAAGAAAUAUGGCAAAAACAGCGGAAUACACAUUAAUGCGGUCAGAAGUUAUACCCAACAAAUAUUGUUGGCAUUAAAAUUGUUAAAGAAAAGCGAAAUUGUACACGCAGAUAUAAAACCAGAUAACAUAUUAGUUAACGAAAGUAAAGUACAAUUGAAACUGUGUGAUUUUGGGUCGGCUGCCCACGUAUCGGAUAACAAUUCAACAUCCUACCUAGUAUCGAGAUAUUAUAGAGCACCAGAAAUCAUACUGGGUCUACCAUAUGACUAUGGGGUCGAUAUGUGGUCGACUGCCUGUACCAUAUAUGAACUAGCUACAGGACAAAUACUAUUCGAUGGGAAAACGAAUAAUGAAAUGCUCAAGUACUUUAUGGAUCUAAAAGGAAAAAUAUCUCGAAAAAUCUUAAGAAAAGGAAAGUUUAAAGAACAACAUUUUGAUGCUGACUUCAAAUUUCUCUAUCAGGAAUAUGACCACAUUACUGAAAGGGAUAAAAUAAUUGUAAUAAAUGACAUAAAGCCUACCAGAGACCUGCAAGCAGAGUUAGCACCAACAAAUCAACGCUUAGCACCUGAAGAUGCUAAAAAAUACUCCCAACUAAAAGAUGUCUUAGACAGGAUGCUAAUAAUAGACACAACAAAGCGAGCCUCUAUAAACUUGUGUUUAAAUCAUCCAUUUAUACAGGAAAGGUAUAAAAAAUAAAUGAUAACACGGCUGAAAUUCUUAAUGGAAAUAAUAGGAUAACAGUAGGAGAAAUACAAAUAUGACUAAAUAAGAAGAUGGUUCAAAAGUGAUUCAAAACAUUUUCAAAAAUGAUUUAUAAUUCAUAUACUUAAUAACUCGCCGAAAAAUAAACGAAAUUUCUUCAGUCAGGACACGUAAAUUUGUCAAGGGAGUUUUUAGAACAAAAUGUUUAUGAAUUUUGCAAGUGAAUUUACCAGAAUCCCAAUCAUUAUUGACUCAAUAUACAUACUGAAAGUAGAUAAAUUGUGCUAUCGUAGUGCAAGAAUCUGGAAAGAUAUUGUUUUUAAGUAAAAUAUAUUGUACAUUUUAUUUUUACAUGCAUUUUCAUGUUUUAGUUAUAAAUAUCAAUACAUAUAGCUUUUAAAUUUUAUAAGAGUAUUUUAUAUUAUACAUCUUUGUAUAGAGAUAUUAUAGUUUCUAUUUCGAGAAAUUUCUAUUUGGUGUUAUUUACGUACAUCUAUUCAUACAAAGCCGAAACCAUUAAAUGGGCUCAAUAUUUAACGAUACUAGGUGUAAAUUUACUGUUAUAGACUGUAAUUAAACAGCUUAUGAAAUCAAAAAGCUGUUAAAUAGAAUUCCUACUCAUAAAAUUUUGAUUACAAUU